AAGAUAUUGAUUCUGUACAAUAUUCAGACGAGAGUUUGAACGAAUAAAUUCGGCGUCUGUUUUAGAAAAGCACGUGGGAGCUUAGAACCACCAAAAUGACAAAAAUUAGAAAGGUGAAACGUAGGAAGAAGUUCCGCAUGAAUGUAAAUCGCAAAAGACUAAGGAAUAAGUUAAGGAAAUUACCUAAUAUACAAUGCCCUCAGUUAAAAGAUUCAUGGGAAGUAACGAUGUCCACUAGAACUAAUUUGAAGCAAAUGGGACUAGCAUAUGAUGCAAAUGAAGCUAUAAAAAUUCCAAAUAGUAAAAAAGAAAUUAUUGAAGAUGCUAAGAGUAAAGUUGUUGACCCUGAAGAUAUGUCGGAUCAAGGGGAAGAUGUAGAAAUGGAACCUACAAAGGGUCAUGUUGCUAAAGAAUUAGAAGCUGAGGCCAAAGCUCCAAGGCAAAAGAUGUUGAGGUUGCCAAAUAGUCAAAUAUAUUUCCUUACAUAUCUUAUGGAUAAAUAUGGAGAAGAUUACAAGGCAAUGGUACGGGAUAAGAAGAACUAUGAUCAAUUGACGUGGAAACAGAUACGUGCUAAAAUUAAAAUGUUCAAGCGUAUUCCUGAGCAAUAUAACGAGUACCUUCAAAGUAAAAACACUCAAUGAGUAGUUUUCAUUGUGCUUAGUUAAACCUGUUUGAAGUAUUUUUGUGUAAAAAAAUAGAUAUGUGAAAAUUGUGAUGUAAGUAUAUGCAAGAACUGUGUCAAGAAAAAGGUUAAAACAUUUGUUUUAAAGUGAAGGUAAAUACUUUUUAUAUCGUUUAUACAAUACUAUACAUUGAUAAUUAAAAUAGAUCUAUAUUCUCAUUUGUAUCAUUUCUAAACAUUUAACACUUUGUAUAUCAAUUACAAAGUCAGUGUAUAAUUUGCAUUGUAUAUAAUUAAAAUAAAAAAUAUGACAAUGUUUA